AUGGCUGCACCAGAAUCCAAAGGCGACCAAGCGAAAGUCGCAACCAUGUCUGAAAAUGCGACCGACGUCGUUCGCGUCAGCUCCAACCAGGAGACCCAAGUUAUCGAUGUGGAUACGGCAUAUUUGACCAGCAGCCGUUUCAACAAAAUCUUUCGAAGCGUUCUCUUCCAGAUGAUCAUGUUCGGAGCGCUGUCUUUUGUUGGCCCGGCUAUGUCGGACGCGAUUUCCAACCUAGGCGGAGGAGGCUUGUCGUCUCCUUACCUCGGGAACCUUGCCAACGCUCUCAACUACGCCGCCGGAUGUAUGAUCACUCUCUUCGGCGGACCGCUGAUCAACAAGAUUGGAAUCAAGUGGAGCUGUAUGAUUGCUGCUGUGACUUUUCCUCUUGCGGGCUCAGGAUAUUACACAGCUGCAAGAUAUGGGACACAGUGGUACCUACUAUUUGAAACAAUACUUGGUGGAUUCACGGGCGGCUUCCUGUACGUGGGAGAGACGACUGCUAUGCUGUCAUAUCCGCCACAGAACGACCGUGGCUUGUACCUUGGCAUCUGGUCUGCCAUGAGGAGCUCAGGCUCUAUCGUUGGUGGUGCCAUCAACUUUGCUACGAACUAUGGUAAGGACUCAGCUGGCGGUAUUGCCUGGGCUACCUACUUGGUGUUUGUCGGACUCGAGUGCACUGGUGUUCUUUGGGCUUUCUUGCUGUCUCCUACUAAACAAGUCCGACGCAAGGACGGAACUAAGGUGCCCACAACUGGAACUGUCACUUGGAAAGGCGAAUUCGCGGCACUCUGGCUACACGCGCAGCGGAAGAAGACCUGGCUUGUCUUCCUCCCUGCGUUCUACAGCUUUUUCUACGGAGGCACCAUGGGGACCUAUCUGUCGUUGCACUUCUCCGUGCGUGCCCGCGCUCUAUCCACACUCAUCGUCCCCAUCAUCACUAUCGUCAUGGUGCUUGCGUAUGGCAAGAUGUUGGACACGAAGCGCUGGUCCCAGGCUGGCCGUGCGUGGACUGCAUUUGGUCUGUGGCUGGUACCGCAGAUUUGCUGCUUCAUCUGGAUCGGGAUUGAGUAUUCGAAAUUUGGAACCUCGAGCGGGAACGGCCUUGACUACAUCUUGCACGGCAAGCGAUGGGCUGAGGCAUACCUCCCUUACCUGAUCAUCUUCACGACUGGUUACUGGACACAAUUGUCCCUUUACUGGAUCUUGGGUACAUUCUCCACGGACGUCAAGUCAAGCGCCAGGACGGGCGGGCUGUUCCGUGCCUUCGAGACGGCGGGUCAGGCCGUUUCAUACGCUAUCAACUCAAACUACGGCAGCGACCCGCGCAUACCAUUCUACGUCAACUGCGCGGUCUUGGCGCUGGCCAUCCCGUGCAUGGUCUUCCUCAUCAGAAUGGUCCCAGAGGCGCCGGCCGAAUUUGAUAUCGACGCUAUCGAGGUGCCCCAGGACGGAGGAGAGACUAGUAGCAAGGCGGUCGAGGCGUGA